AUGUCAGAGACCUCCCCGGUGGACUUAAUGUUCGUCGAUGAGAACCCCUUCAAAACCGUGGCACGAAAUAAAAGGCGUAGAGGCUCCGGCGGAGAGGCUAUGGCAGGCGAUGAUGACAACCUGGGUCCUCUGGACUCAGAGUCCUUCGAGAGGCUACUUAGGGCUUUCAGUGCCCACAAGUCCAACAUAAAUAAGACCAUCCUAAGUCUUAAAGACUCAAACAACAAGAAGACCCUACUACUACUAUUAACGUCCGUAGAGGGCCUAGAGAGAAUAUUCUCUACCAUGGCCACAGAGUACACCAAGCUGUCCACCGAGCAUAAAGUGAUGGAAAUAAUUGAUGACAAACUCUCGAAGUUGAGUCUAGCCAGUAAACCGUCAUAUGCUGAAGCGACCGGAUUGCAUUCUGCCUCUGCUAAAAUAAAAACGCCAGCUGGGAAACGAAUCACGCCGGUUAAAAGCACGGCUGUGACAAUAAUGCCGAAGCAGGGAAAUGUGCAAAUAAAGUCAGCGGACGAAACGAAGGUUGCCCUGGCCAAAAUUCUUAGCCCUCAAGCACUUGGCCUGAAAUUCGACGGGGUAGUCCGCACGGGCAAGCUGGGUGUCCGUAUUGAAUCUAAUACGUCGGAUCUAUCUAAGAUCCCGGCGGCUGUGCUUGAGGAAGCGGGCCCCGACUGUAUAACUGUUCAAAUGCAAAAUAAUGACGGCAUUGUAAAUUGGGAUGAAAUUCGACAAUUUCUCGAUUGUAGAUACAUAAGCGCCAUGGAAGCUUGCUGGCGGCUAUUUGAAUUUAAACUGGGCAUCCAUGCAGUAAUGGCUUUACCUGUACAUAUUCCGGACGACCAUCCCAUAAAUUUUGAUGAAUUCGAUAAUGUUGAUGAUAUAAGAGAAGCUCUAGAUAAACCGACCAAAUUAACAGCCUAUUUUAUUUUAAAUUCCAAUUACGUGGAAGCAAGGCAAUACAGAUAUCAUGAGAUACCAGAGCAUUUUACAUGGGAAACUAGAACACACAUUUGGCGUCCGAGAGUACAAGUAGCUAAGAUGUUUGGGUGCAUGGUGGAAGUGUCGCCGUUGGAUUUAGAGAAAUGGUGUCUACGAUUAUUAUUGUCGCACGUGUCGGGAGCCACGUCAUUUGAAAGUUUAAGAACAGUUGAUAAUAUUGUAUAUGAGAAUUUUGAGGCUGCCUGUCGGGCCAGAAAUUUUUUACAUAAUAUAGACGAAUAUGAUCGGUGUUUGCAACAAGCUUUAUGGUUUCGCACGCCGAAAGGAUUUAGAAAAUUAUUUGCAUUGAUAUGUUGUGUGGCUGCAGCGUAUGUUGUUGGACAAAUUCCGCAACUAUGGGAAAGGCACAGAGCUGAUUUGAUAGAAGAUUUUGUAGAACAGUAUCAAGGAAACGACAUGUUUGCAGAGACAAGAGCAUUAAUGGAAAUCGCAGAUGUUUUAAAAAGAAACGGCAAUUUCACUCUCGCCCAAUUUGGCUUACCUGAUGUUAACCAAGAUUUAGUAGACUUUUAUGAAUUACCGUUAGUUAAUCACAAAGAAGAUUUGUUUGCAGAUUUUGCUGGCGAUGAACAAUCAUUGAAUGAAGAGCAGCGUGAUAUAUUCCAUUUAGUAAUGUCUGCUAUUGAAGAUAAUAAUAACGUUGAUGUGCCUGAUGAUUUUGUAAAUAUAUUUUAUGUCGAUGCUCCCGGUGGAACGGGAAAGACAUUUCUUUUCAAUACUUUAUUAAAAACCCUACGAAUGAGACGAUUCGAUACAGUUGCCGUAGCAUGGACAGUGAUCGCCGCUUUUUUUUUGCUGGCAGGAAAAACGGCACACAAAGCCUUCAGGCUACCAUUAAACAUUACUGAGAAUGCAGGCCGAUGCGGAUAUCCGAUGGAAUCGGAAAGAUCUAAUUACAUUAAAAAUGCAAAACUAAUAGUAUGGGAUGAGGCGCCCAUGUCAUCCAAGUAUGCCAUUACUUUAGUUAAUAAUUAUUUACGUGAUUUAAUGCAAAAACCAAGACGACCGAUGGGUGGAAAGAUUGUAAUUUUUGGAGGCGAUUUUCGUCAAAUUCUGCCUGUAGUUCCGCAUGGACAUAGAACACAAAUAAUUGCCACGUCUUUGAAAGCAAGUCCGUUGUGGCCUUUGAUGAGAAAAUGUCAAUUACAUGAAAACAUAAGAGCUGGACCUGACCAAAGAGAAUUUAGCGAGUGGUUAUUACGUUUGGGUGAUGGAAAACUACCGCAUGUAAAAAUUAAUAAUGCCAACGAUGAAACAAUACCAAAGGAUCUGAUAGAAAUUCCAAAACAAUGUUUAAUUAAUACAUUUGAACAGCUUUGUAAGACUGUAUUUGGUGAAAGAUUCCAACAUGCCUCGACAACAGGAGACCGAACAAUAUUGUGUCCCACUAAUUUAUCCGUAAAUGAAAUUAAUAAUUAUGUUUUAAAUAAUUUACCAGGCGAAGAAAAAGUAUAUGUGUCCAUAGAGAAGUAUGACAAUGUCGAAGGUGAUGAACUGUAUGUUAAUCAAGAUUAUCUGCAGUCAAUAUCGAUAGCUUCUUUGCCGCCGCAUGAAUUGAAAUUGAAAGUGGGAGCCGUUUGUAUGUUAUUGCGAAAUCUCGAUGUCGAUAUGGGUCAAUGUAAUGGAGCCAGGUGCAAAAUAAUCGAAAUGAAAGAUCAUGUUUUAACAGGUUCCUUCAAAAAUGUAUCAAUUUGCGUGGAGAAUACCACCAAACAAGGCAAUUUCAAAUUUAGAACUGGUCGCUGCUUUACUAGAAACAUUGGGUACGAAACGAUAGUUGAAAAUCUCGAGCCUGUUACGAUUGAACAAUUUGUCGAAGACGACCUUAAUAAUCGAGCCCAAGAAGGUGAACCUGAAACUGUUUUAGAUUUUGACGAUAUUGACUUCGAUGAUGAUUUCUUUAAUCAAUUAGUAAUUUCCGAAGAGGAAGACGACGACGACAACGGCGCUGCUGCUGCUGCUGCUACUACUGCUGCUGCUGCUGCUGCUACUACUGCUGCUGGCAAGGCUACUGACGCUACUGCUUAUGUUGAUGAAGACGAACAGCUGAGGCGUAUACUUAUGCCUACAUUUACAUCUCAACAGUUGCGACAGCGUGUGUCUACCGGUGAUCAAGCAGGCACUACAGGAUUGCGAAUGCCGAAACCUACCAAGCGACCACGAGUUACCUACAGUGAAUCCGACGAUUCCGAUUAG